AUGAAAGCCCUAGUAACCCUCCCCGAGCACACGGCAAGCGUCCAGGACCUCCCCACCCCCCAACCCACCUCCUCCGACGAGAUCCUCGUGCGCGUGCACUACGCCGCGCAGAACCCCACCGACUGGAAGUCGAUGCGCAACGCGCCCGCAGGACGGAUCGUCGGGUGCGACUUCGCCGGCACCGUGGAAAAAGCCUCCCCCUCUUCCUCCUCCUCCUCCUGGCAACCCGGCCAGCGCGUCGCCGGCUGGGUCCACGGACUAAGCGGCGACCCUAUCCGCGGCGCCUUCGCGGAGUACCUCGUCACGGAGGCGAGCCUCGUGUACGGGAUCCCGGACUCCGUCUCGUACGCGGACGCGGCCGUGGUCCCGCUGGCCUUCGCGACAGCCGUGCAGGCGCUGUUCUCGCGGCUGCGGCUGCCGGAGCCCCUACCAGGUAGCCAGCUGGCGAAGCAGAAGGGGGACAACCCCAUCUAUUUCCUGGUCUCGGGGGGCACGACGAGCGUGGGCGGCUACGCGAUCCAGCUCGCCAAGCUCUCGGGCGCGACCGUAAUCGCGACGGGCUCGCCGCGGAACCACGCGUACCUGAAGUCUCUCGGCGCCGAUUUCACGGUCGACUACAAGGACGCGCAUUGGCCGGAGCAGGUGCGGGAGCUGACGCACGACAGUCUCGGACUAGCUCUCGACUGCAUCUCCGAGAACGGGACCGUGGAAGCCGUGGUCGACGCGCUAUCCACGAGCAAAGGGGGCCACGCCGUGACGCUGCUGGCGGUGAAGGAGCUGCGAGAGAAGAUCAAAGCCGAGAAGCCGAAGGUGAAGCUGGAGAGCACGAUCGCGUACACGGUGUUCGGGCGCCCGAUAGACUAUGGCGACUUUGAUAACUGGGGAGGCCCGACUCCGAGUGACAAGGCCUUUUGGGAGAAGUAUCUGGCCAUUUUGCCCGAACUGCUGUCCAGUGGCACGAUCAAGCCAAAUAGGGUUAGAGAGUUUGGGACCAUUGAAGAUAUCCUGACUGGGUUUAAAGAGCAGGAGGCGGGCAGGGUCAACGCCGAGAAGUUGGUCUAUAAGAUUAUUACCCAGUAA